AUGUCAAACAUGGUUCAAAUGUGUAUUGGUAAUCAAAAAGAGGUGUUUAAAAAAGUUCUGAUUUUAAUAGCACGUGGUAACAUAAAAAUAAUUGAAAAUAUACAGAAAAAAGGUAGAUUUAGAAUUUUAACAUGGGAAAUAAUCCCAGAAAACAUUCUUUUAUAA